GCGGGUCAGCUGGCGGCGAUGCGCCGCGUUCGGCCCCGCCGGUCCCGGAACCGCCGGCGCUGCGGGGCCGGGACGGGUCCUGCUGGGCCGAGCGCGGAAGGGCAGCGCCGCAGCCCGAGCUGAGCGCGCGUAUCGCGGGUCGUGGGGUCUCCGCCGUUGGCAGCGCCAUGGGGCCGCGGGGCCGGGCCCUGCCGUGGGCCCUGGCGCUGCUGGCUCUGCGCGGAGCCGCCGCCGCCCCCCCCAGCUUCGUCCUGUUGCUGGCGGACGACUUGGGGUUCGGGGACCUGGGGAGUUACGGGCACCCCUCUUCAGCCACGCCGCACCUGGACCGGAUGGCGUCCCGCGGGCUGCGCUUCACCAGCUUCUACAGCAGCUCCCCGGUGUGCAGCCCCUCCCGGGCAGCCCUGCUGACCGGCCGCUUCCAGAUGCGCUCAGGGGUUUACCCCGGUGUGUUCUACCCCGGCUCGCGGGGAGGCCUGCCGCUCGCCGAGGUCACCAUCGCAGAGGUGCUGAAGGCCGAGGGCUAUGCCACAGCCAUGGUUGGCAAGUGGCACCUUGGCCUGGGGGUUAAUGGCUCCUUCCUGCCCAUCCACCAGGGCUUUGACCACUUCUUGGGGGUGCCCUACUCCCACGACCAGGGCCCCUGCCAGAAUCUCACCUGCUUCCCACCCAACAUCAAGUGCUUUGGGACUUGUGACCAAGGCGUGGUGCCGGUUCCACUGCUCUGCAACCAGAGCAUCGUGCAGCAGCCGGUCUCUUUUCCGGAUCUGGUGCCGCUCUACAACAAAUUCUCCCGGGACUUCAUCGCUGACUGUGCCCGACGAGGCCUCCCCUUCCUGCUCUACUAUGCCUCCCAUCAUACCCACUACCCCCAGUUUGCGAGCCAGGAGUACGCGGGGCAGUCACGGCGGGGGCCAUUCGGUGAUGCUCUCUCGGAGUUUGAUGGCUCGGUGGGACAGCUGCUGCAGGCACUGGAGGAAAAUGGUCUUGCAAAUACGACCUUGGUGUUUUUCACCUCUGACAAUGGCCCCUCCACUAUGCGGAUGGCACGUGGGGGCAGCUCUGGCCUUCUGAAGUGUGGGAAGGGCACAACAUACGAAGGUGGCAUGCGGGAACCAGCGGUGGCUUAUUGGCCAGGCCGUAUCGCUCCAGGAGUGACGCAUGAGAUGGCGAGCACCCUGGACAUCCUGCCAACCCUGGCUACCCUGGCUGGAGCAGCUCUUCCCAAAGUUGCCCUGGAUGGCUAUGACCUGAGUCCAGUGCUGUUUGGGUCAGGAAAGAGUCCCCGUCAGACCAUGUUUUUCUACCCGCCGGCCCCCGAUCCGCUGCACGGCCCCUUUGCUGUCAGGCUGGGGAAGUACAAGGCCCAUUACUUCACACAAGGUUCCUUCCACAGUGACGAGACCCCAGACCAGGCCUGCCACGGGCUGACCCCACUGGCCCCUCACUUGCCCCCGCUGCUCUUUGACCUGGAGUCAGACCCGGCUGAGAACUAUAACCUGCUGCAGAGCGGCGCAGGGCCAGAGCUUCUGCAGGUCCUGAAGGAGAUCAAGCUGCAGAAAGUGCUGUUUGAACAGCGCAUGGAGUUUGGGGAGAGCCAGAUGAGGAAGGGCACGGAUCCUGCCCUGCAGCCCUGCUGCGCACCCAACUGCACGCCUAAGCCCUCCUGCUGCCGCUGCUCCUAGCCUCCUGCUGUGCCUCCACGCUGAACCCUCUCCCAAACCCCCCAACACCCCCAACUAACCGAGCUCAGCCUUGGAGCUACCCUGUGGCUUUGGAUCACUGACAACUCUGACUAAUGCAGAGCUGGGGCAGCAAACUGUGGGACAGGGAGGUGAGGAGUGCAGGUCAGUGGACCCUGUGCACUGUGUUGGAUGUUCAAAAUGAGGCCUCUUGACAGAAACCCUGGCUUCUUCAGGUAGGGACCAUGAUACAGCAUCAUCUCCAGACCCAGAACAGCUCCUUCCAAACUAUGACCAAGGUGAAGCAAAGGGCAUGCCCCAGUGUCCAGAGAUCCCAGUUCAGCUGGGGCCAUGCUGUGCACCAGGUGGGACCAGAGCUGGGAGCUGCAGCACCAUCCCUUGCCAGGGGCCAGGAGCACAGCAAGAGGAGGGGAUGGAUGGUCCCGGCAGCUUCAGAGGCAGGACCUUGUGCCGUGAGGGCAGAGGGGCCGUGGCUGGGUGGGAAGCAGCUCAGGCAUUGCACGCUCAAGCACCUCCACGUCUCUCGUGACUCCAGGAGGUGGAGACGUGGCCGGGGGUUGGCAGCCAGGGCCCCUUGUAAGGUCUGUGGAUGCUGGGGCUGAUCAAGGAGGGGGGCUGCAACCCCGUGCCACCCACAUGUCUGGAAGGGUCUCUGUCCCCGUGCUCGUGAGCGAGUCCAGCUCCACGUUCACUAGUGAAUGGCACACGGUGCUCCCACCCAGCGCUGGCUCUGGACACUGGGUGUUUCCAGCUGUGGGGUCCCUGGGGCCUCUGUUCUUUUGCCAUUGCUGGCAGCCUCUGGACCCACCGCCCAGUGGGUAGAGAGCAGGGCCACACAGAUCCGGGUUUGGAAUCGCUCCCAAGAAGGAGGUGGGAUGGACUGUGAUGAUCAGGGGCAGGGCUCAGUCAAACAAGCAAAGACACCAGCAGCUUGCCUGUGUGUGACAGGCUCCUUGACAUUUACAUUAAUCAAGGACUUUUUUUUAGCUUCCCGUAGAAGAAUAGAGCGAUGGAAUGGCCAAUGCAACGUUCCACGCCACAGACCUGCUCAGUAGGUAACUGAGGGUUGGCCAGGGGGUGGGAAUGCCCGAUCACAGCUCGGGAUGGUGCCAGUUCAGCAGGUGGUGGUUCCUGGUUUGAGGUAAACCAGAACCAAUUUUCUGUUCGCUAGUUUUACUUUUCAACCAAGGCUCUUCUUACUAAUUGAACUGUCUGAAAUUAACAGCAUAUUGCUGAGACACUGCUUGCUCCCAGAGAGAUAGGACCAAUUUUCUGCCAAUUUUCAAUUUAUGCCAAGGAACGGCAUGCAGAGGGGCUCUUGCUUCUACUUACUGCUAUAACAACCAAGGUUGGCUCUUUCCGUGGAUAGAGAAGCGUGGGGAGAAUCUGCUGUUGGUUUCAGUGGCCCACCAGGACAGGUGGUUAUUGAUAUUUUUUGUGCUAGUUUUCUGAUCUCAUUCUAUUAAACUGUCUUUAUUUCAACCCA